GCGUACUAAGCAGUUAGCCGACACACCAGGCGCAGAGUAGGACCUGUGUUUCUGUCCUCUUCCUUUUCCCGGAGACAAGAGAAAGGCUGAAAUUCGUACAGGAUGAUUCCCAGUAGAAGUCACCUUCUUCUUAAACUAUGCAUGAUGUUACUCUUGUUAGAGGCGGCAACGUCACAGAGUGCUACUCCGCCGGGGUCAACAAAUGCCACAACACCGGUGCCAUGUAACAACUAUGACUUCCUAUGUGAAUUGGAAAAACUACCGAUGAUAGCGUUGUUAGUGGCACCAGGUGUGGGGCUCCUCCUGAUUGCCGUAGUUAUCGCCGUGGCCUGUGGAGUGUGCAGGAGAAAGGAAGAUGACGACGACGACGAGAUAUUCCUAGAACGGGAGAGGACCAGUCAGAUCGCCAUGAAUGAUUACAGGAGUAACAUGGCGGCAUCCAGUGUGGCUGCAGAGGACGACUUUUCCGGCAGGCAGAAGACCAACCCGGCGUACAUGGAAGACGACGAGCUCGCCUUCAACCACAACCACAGUAACUACGGUCGGCCGUCCGUGUCGUCUGGAUCGGACCGCAUGGACAACAGGAGGCAGCGGAUGAGCAUGGCGUCUGUGGACAGGCCUUACGGUGAGGACCAGCGCAGGCCUGGGUCUCACUACCCGGUGGACGACAUGCGGCACCCACCGGCGGCAGACCCGCGGGGAAGGCCCGCCCAGUAUGGGGACGAGCCGCGUAGGGCAGGUCCACGCUACAUGGAGGAGGAUCCCCGUCGCCCCCCACCCGACAGCCGAGGACGCCCAUACGGCCACCCAGGUGACCGUGACGACGGAAGGCGCCCUCUAUCGUCUGCCCCGAUGUACGACAAGUCCGAGCCCAGGGGCGGACCCCGGCCACAGCAGCCACAGCAGUCUUCAGGGGGCGGGAGGAGAAACUGGGCCAAGCAGAGUGCCGCACCGCACGACGUGCCGCCGGCGGACUACGAUGAUGGAUUCCCGAACCCACGUUCCAGUUACGCCGGCUUCCGACAGGAUGUCAACAACUACUACUGAGAACCAGACUGAAGAAUGCCCUGAUAGUGUGAAUUAUAUAGGCCCGAGUAUACUAAAUUCGACUUUUUUUUUCAAAAGAUGAGUCAACUGUCCAUAAUUUAAAAUUUCCAUCAACCAUUUUCCAUGUAGAUGACUCUUCCAGCGAGGAUUCAUAUAUCCCAUGAAUGCAUAGCCUCAAUUUUGCAACAAGUGGAAUUUGUGGCAUAUUGAGAUGGUCAAUAAUGUCUUUUCAAUACUGUAAUAUCUAUGAGAACGGUGAACAACUUGAACUACGCAGCCAUACUUGAUGUGGAAAUGUUGUAAUCUGAAAGAAAGUCAUACUAUUACAACCUUCAAGAAGUAAACUUCAAAGAAGGUUUUACAUGCUGUAGAUUUUGGAGCAAACUGGGACCAAUAUUUUUGCAAUGUGUGCAUUAGUGUUAUAUAUUAUAAUUUAUCGUUUAAUCGUAGGACAGAACACUCUGAAAAGUGAGGCAUUUUUCCUGAUAUAUCCAUAGCUAGGAAUAACAAAAUGCGUGUAUGUUCUAUACUGUUAGGUAACGGUAUACUAUUCAAAGUUGUACAUCAUUUCUUAUUCCAAGCAAGUAAACUGAAUGUGGAAUAUCAUACUGCAGUACAACUUUGUCACACAAAGUUUGUUCUGUAUUAAUUCAAUUACUCAUAAUGUUUGUAUUAUUAGUACUUUUAUAAAGUAAACUGGACUAUAUGAAUGAACAGUACGAAAGUUCUUCCUAGAACUGACUAUAAAACAUCUAUCGUUGCCACUUUUUGCUCAUGUUCCAUGUCCGUUUGAAGGAAUGAAUAAAUAAAGUGUAGCAUUACAGAA